AUGAACAUCGUUCGGGAGAAGCGGGGAGUUUUGGCGCGGAGUUUAGUCCAUGCCCCAAUCCUGCAUGGCAACGUGUGCGACGUGGCACAGAUGCACUGUCAGCAGGGCAUGAAAUCAGCGAGUGGACGUUCGUCGAUUCAGAUGAAAGCGGCACAGCGUUCGACAGGCUCUGACAUCAAAGGACUUGCCUGUUGUGCUUCCCGAAUGUCGAUACUGUAG